CUGGUUUUCAGAGUCUGUAGAUCCAACAGUCGUUGGACAAACACACACAUGCUAGUGUUUAACAGUUCAAAGUUCAUCUGACGGCCAUCGACCUCCACUCACACACUCAGACCAACGGUGAGGAGAAGAGGAAGAAGAAGAAGAAGAAGACAAAAAGGAGCAGGGACACUGUCACCAUGACGACAGAGUACCAUGAUGAUGUUGAAGACGACAGCAGCUCCUUCUGGAACAAAGAGCCGUCUCCUGUCUCUCUCUCUGGUGUCUCCAGGUUCAGGCGUUGGUUGUUUCCUGUUGUCAUGGUGACGAUCAUCCUGGUCCUGAUCAUCGCUGUCGGAGCCACGAACACAAAGACAAUAAGCCGACUGUGGUCCACUGAGAAGAAAGUGUCCAACCUGACUGAAGGUCUGACCAACGCUCAUCAGCUGACCAAAGACGCAGCUAAAGACGUUCAGCGGCUGAAGUUUGCGGUGGAAUACAACAAGGACCAGCUGUCGUCAGUUUCAGACGCACUGAAGCAGCUGUCUGUUCUGGACUCCAUCAGCAGGACGGUGGCCUCGCUGAAAUGUUCCCUGGAACGCCUCAUCCACAACACCUCGGCGGUGGACGGCUGCUGUCCUCUGGACUGGGACCAGUCCGGCUCCAGCUGUUAUUUCUUCAGUAAGACGGCGUUAGCCUGGCACGACGCCAGAGACUGGUGCAACGGACACGAGUCCCAUCUGGUCAUCCUGAUGACCGACGACGACUGGGACUUUGUGAUCCGUCACGCCACGGGGACGUUCUACUGGGUGGGUCUGACAGACGAGAGGACCGGGAAGUGGGAGUGGGUCAACCAGACGCCAUACAUCAUGAACCGAAGGCGGUGGAAACCCGGCCAACCCGACGCCUGGACCGAACACGGCCUCGGACCCGGAGACGAAGACUGCGCUCAUCUCCAUAGCGACGGUCGCCUCAACGACCUGCACUGCUCCACCAGGAUGAGGUUCAUCUGCCAGAGCCACGCCCUCCGCAGUUAAAACCGCAUCAAGCUCCGCCCCCUCGCAGCUUGGAUCUAAAAUAAACAUCAUCUUAAAUUGGAGUUAUUAUUGUUAUUAUUCACAAAUUAUGGCAUUUUAUGAAUAAACCUGAUGUUUUACAGCCUUUGAA